AUGGCAACAGUAAAAAUCCUCGCUGUUGGCAGCAUCCAAGGUCGACUGACUGCUGCCUUCAGCAAAAUAUCGAAGUUGCAUGCCAAACACAACUUCACGUUAGCUGUUGUUGUCGGCGAUCUUUUUGGUUCUCCUGAUGAUGAAACCAAGUCAGGCGAGUUGCAGGCGCUGCUCAACGGUCAGAUCAAUGUUCCUCUCCCUACGUAUUUCACGGUUGGCGACUCGGCUUUCCCAGAGGCGGUCAAAACCAAGCUCGGAGAUGGCGAUCUUUGUGCGAAUCUCUACUAUCUAGGCCGCAAGGGGACCAUGAACACUACAGACGGUGUGAGAAUCAUGUACCUUGGGGGUCGACAAGCACCAGGAAUCGAUUUGCCGCUCCCUCAGCAGUCCGAUCCUUAUGGCCCAGAGUUUUUCGAUAGCGAGGCACGAGGACUCCCUAGCGCUCUGUUUGUACACGUUCUCAUCACAAACCAAUGGCCGGCAAACAUCGCCAAUGGGUCGAAGAUCGCGCUGCCUGCGGGUGUUGACGGCACAUCCGGCUCUCAGUCCAUCUCCAAUCUCUGCCAAGCGGCCAAGCCCUGGUAUCAUUUCUCGAGCAGUCCAAGUGGUUUGUGGGAGCGAGAGCCCUUCAAGCAUGUCGUCGAAUACGCUACGUUCGAUGAACCGAACGUCACGAGGUUCAAAAGUCUGGCGAACAUAUCUAUGCCCACAAAAGAGUGGAUGUCAGCAUUCAUAUUAGACACCUCCCGUCCUCCACCCACCGUUCAACCUCCGCUUAUGUCACCGUUCAUCGUUAGAUCCUCACCAGGAAGGAAACGAUUUGCCAUCGACGGCAAGGGAGCAUCUCAGGGCGGCGAUGAGCCACAAAAUGCCAAGCGCGCUCGGAAAGAACGACGAUAUGGCCCUACGGAAUGUUUCCUGUGUAUCAACAAGCCUGGCAAUAAGAAUCAUCUUGUCGUGUCUCUGGGGGACGAAAGCAUGGUCACGGCCACCCGGGGUCCUUUGCCGUUGCCAGAGACCUUUCCGCAGCUCUCCUUCUCCGGCCACGCCAUGAUCGUUCCAUUCUACCACGCAGGAGACGAGUCAGCGCAUGGCCAGCGAAGCCCGGACGAGUUAGCUGCCGAAUUCCAGGAAAUGAACAAGUUCCGCCGAGCUCUGAGUCUCAUGAUCGGAGUGAAAAGCCAGGGUCAACUCGGCGCGGUCUGCUGGGAACUCCAUCGCUCCGGCAUCCGGCAUUUGCACUGGCAACUUAUGGCAUGUCCGGUGAAUCGCAUCAAACCAGGGGUGCUUGAGGCCGCGUUCAAGAUCCGAGCAGCUCAGUGUGGAUACCCAGACUUCCAAACUUGUCCUGCCGACUACCCGCUUCCACAUCGUACGAACUACUUCCGAGUGUGGACAUGGAUGGCAGAACCAGUCCAAUUGGCCGACUAUGCCAGCGGCACUCCGAGGGCCAAGAAAUUCGUGGGCGUGACAGAAUCCAUGUUCUUUACAUUGCAACCGAAUCAGAAGUUCAACGUUUGGUUUGGGAGAGAGGUUAUGGCACGUUUGCUCCAACUGGAAGACCGAACGAACUGGAUGGAUUCACUCCUGUGCAAGGACGGGAGCACCGACGCCGCAGAAGCGGAGGACGCCGAGGAUCUACGAGCCGACUUCGAAGAGUUUGACUUCGCGAUGAAGCCAAAUGAUCCGCCUGAGAAGCCAAACGACCUUCCCGAGAAGUCCACCGAGCUCACUGAGAUGCCAAUCGUUUUCCCCCAGAAGCCAAAUGAUGCUUCUGAGUUGUUUCCUAACCCCCCCCAGAAGUCAAAUAUUCCCGAGACACCAGUCUACAUCAAGAAAGAAGAGAACGAGUUUCCUGAGAAGGAGUCAAAGGACUCUUCCGAGGUAGUGGUUUUGGACUAA